UGAAGUGAAAGAAAUGAAUUUACGAGAAUAGGUCGCAAGUCGCAUAGAUUUUUGGUUGAUUUCCUUUUCACUUUACUUUCGUAUCCUCAGUGAGAUCUAAUAAACUCGCGUUAAUUUGUGUUUCCGAUUAUACUUUGAUUCAACGAAAUUAGGUACUGGAUUUCCGAAAACAGGAUAAGUACCAGAGUACACAGCAUCUUAUUGAUUUUCUUUCCUUGCAUAUGCUUUCAACCAAUACGAAGUGGAGCUAACGUUUCGGGCGAAAUAGUCUUCUUAUUAGAAAACGUUCUUAGUAUUACAUUAUUUAAACCUUUCGGUUUUUAACCUUAUUUGGUGUUAACGCUGUAUUCAGUAAAAAUGAUGACCAAUAUCGACUCCGUAAACAUGAAUCAACCUACGCAAAAUGGUAGUAAAGUACAGCCAUGCAACAAUGAAUCUAAGACGAACUUGAUUGUUAAUUAUUUGCCACAAACUAUGACUCAAGAAGAGAUCCGGUCAUUAUUCUCUAGUGUUGGGGAGGUCGAGAGUUGUAAAUUGAUUAGAGACAAAGUAACCGUGUUCCCGGACCACAUUCUCAACGGGCAGAGUCUAGGCUACGCGUUCGUCAACUAUCACAAGGCUGAAGAUGCCGAAAAGGCUGUUAACACCCUAAAUGGUCUUCGACUGCAGAAUAAGAUAAUAAAAGUAUCUUACGCCCGCCCCAGUUCCGACGCAAUUAAAGGUGCCAAUCUCUACGUGUCCGGCUUGCCCAAACAUAUGACACAGCAAGACCUGGAGAAGCUCUUCAGUCCUUAUGGAUCGAUCAUCAGCUCGCGGAUUCUUCAUGAGAACGUAAGUGUCGGCCAUUUAUUACAAGGAGGUAUAGAUGAGCAAUCAAUUCAGGGGCCAUCACGCGGUGUGGCAUUCAUCCGAUAUGACCAGCGCUGUGAAGCAGAGGCAGCUAUCCGUGAGUUGAAUGGCACCAUUCCACCAGGAGGCACUGGCCCGAUGACUGUUAAAUGUGCAAACAAUCCCAGCAAUCAGAACAAAGGACUAGCUCCAUUAGCUGCCUACUUGACUCCCAAUUCUACUCGUAGAUUUGUUGGCCCAGCAGGGAAGGCCCUCCUAGCUAUCAAUAAAGGUCUGCAGAGAUUCUCUCCACUGGCCGAUCCCAUCAUCCAAGGCAAUGCUCUUGGAGGUUCAGGUUGGUGCAUCUUUGUGUACAAUAUUGGAGCUGAUACUGAAGAGAGUACUCUUUGGCAGCUCUUCGGCCCAUUUGGUGCCGUCCAGUGUGUUAAAAUAAUAAGAGAUCCCACCACUAACAAGUGCAAGGGAUAUGGUUUUGUUACCAUGACCAACUAUGAUGAGGCAGUUGUCGCCAUCCAGUCCCUGAAUGGAUACUCUCUGAACGGCCAAGUGCUGCAGGUCAGCUUCAAAACGAACAAGAGUAAAUCCUAAACUCAUCAAAUUCUAGUCAAUAAAUUGUAGCUAAUGCGAAAAUGUUGAUCAUUUCUAUGUCAUGAUUCUUUGUCACAGCAAACUAUUGACUAGGAAAUAAUGUGACUCAAAUCAUGGCAUGGCACCGAAUUGUAAACAGUGUUCAUACAAGAAAAGUACAAACCAUCUACCGCAGGUUAAGUUUCAUGAUUCACUAUAAAAUAUAAGCAAAAAGGAAAGUCCCACUUAUUGAUUAAUUCACUUCAAUUAAUAUUUUAUCCAUUUACAUACUGGUAUUGGAUAAGUUGAACAUUUGAACCUUCAAUAGCUAGCCAAACCUUUCCUUACACCAAAAUCAUUAUCUCUGAGAUGUUAAUAACUUAAAUUACACUAUAAAUUG